GCGGGCGCGCGGAGCGCUCCAAGAUGGCGCCCACCGCAGUCCCGCCCGCCGCAGCCUCGGCUCCUCUGCAGUCCGGCCGCGCCUCCCGGACCCCGCGCUAGAGCCGCCGCCGCCUCCCUCGCAGCCUUUGCCAGUUGACCUGUCCUGAAUGCAAUAUAACUAACGAACAAAGCUGCUGCAGGAUGAGAAGAUGGCAGCUCGGCUGCUUGCACCACCAGGCCCUGAUAGUUUCAAGCCUUUUACCCCCGAGUCCCUGGCUAACAUUGAGAAGCGAAUUGCUGAGGACAAGAUCAAGAAGCCACCAAAGCAGGAUGGCAGCCACCGGGAUGAUGACGAGGACAGCAAGCCCAAGCCAAACAGUGACUUGGAAGCAGGAAAGAGUUUGCCUUUCAUCUAUGGGGAUAUCCCACAAGGCCUUGUCGCUGUACCACUGGAGGACUUUGACCCAUACUAUUUGACACAGAAAACCUUUGUAGUACUAAACAGAGGGAAAACACUCUUUCGAUUUAGUGCCACACCUGCCUUGUACAUUUUAAGUCCUUUUAACCUGUUGAGAAGAAUAGCUAUUAAAAUUUUGAUACAUUCAGUAUUUAGCAUGAUCAUUAUGUGCACUAUUUUGACCAACUGUGUAUUCAUGACUUUUAGUAACCCUCCAGACUGGUCAAAGAAUGUGGAGUACACGUUCACGGGGAUUUAUACAUUUGAAUCACUUGUGAAAAUUAUUGCCAGAGGUUUCUGCAUAGACGGCUUUACAUUUUUACGGGAUCCAUGGAACUGGUUAGAUUUCAGCGUCAUUAUGAUGGCAUAUGUGACAGAGUUUGUGGACCUGGGCAAUGUCUCAGCGCUGAGAACAUUCAGGGUUCUCCGAGCUUUGAAAACUAUCUCUGUAAUUCCAGGUCUGAAGACCAUCGUGGGAGCCCUUAUCCAGUCAGUCAAGAAGCUGUCUGAUGUGAUGAUCUUAACAGUAUUCUGCCUGAGUGUCUUUGCCUUGAUUGGACUACAGUUGUUCAUGGGCAACCUGCGGAACAAGUGUGUUGUGUGGCCCAUCAAUUUCAAUGAGAGUUUCCUUGAAAAUGGCACCAAAGGCUUUGACUGGGAAGAGUAUAUCAACAACAAAACAAAUUUUUACACCAUACCUGGCAUGCUGGAUCCUUUACUUUGUGGGAACAGUUCUGAUGCUGGGCAAUGUCCUGAAGGAUACCAAUGUAUGAAAGCAGGAAGGAAUCCAAAUUAUGGCUAUACAAGCUUUGAUACCUUCAGCUGGGCCUUUUUGGCAUUGUUUCGCCUUAUGACCCAGGACUAUUGGGAAAACUUAUAUCAGUUGACCUUACGAGCAGCAGGAAAAACAUACAUGAUCUUCUUUGUCCUGGUCAUCUUUGUGGGCUCCUUUUAUUUGGUCAAUCUUAUAUUGGCUGUCGUGGCCAUGGCCUAUGAAGAGCAGAAUCAGGCAACUUUGGAGGAGGCGGAGCAAAAGGAGGCCGAGUUCAAGGCAAUGCUGGAACAAUUGAAAAAGCAACAGGAGGAAGCCCAGGCUGCCGCAAUGGCCACUUCAGCUGGAACUGUCUCAGAAGAUGCCAUAGAAGAAGAAGGUGGCGGGAGGGGGUCUCGAAGCUCAUCUGAAGUUUCCAAACUCAGUUCAAAAAGUGCCAAAGAGAGACGUAACAGGAGGAAGAAGAGGAAGCAGAAGGAGCUCUCUGAAGGAGAAGAGAAAGGGGACAGUGAAAAGGUGUUUAAAUCAGAGUCAGAAGAUGGCAUGAGGAGGAAGGCCUUUCGCCUACCAGACAACAGGAUAGGGAGGAAAUUUUCUAUCAUGAACCAGUCGCUGCUCAGCAUUCCAGGUUCUCCAUUCCUUUCUCGCCACAACAGCAAGAGCAGCAUCUUCAGUUUUAAGACGCCUGGCAGGUUCCGAGACCCUGGUUCCGAGAAUGAGUUUGCAGACGAUGAGCACAGCACCGUGGAGGAAAGCGAGGGCCGCAGAGACUCGCUCUUCAUCCCUAUUCGGGCCCACGAGCGGCGCAGCAGCUACAGCGGCUACAGCGGCUACAGCCAGGGCAGCCGCUCUUCUCGCAUCUUCCCCAGUUUGCGGCGCAGUGUGAAACGGAACAGCACGGUCGACUGCAACGGAGUGGUGUCCCUCAUCGGGGGGCCUGGGCCCACCAUGGCAACGGGGCGUCUUCUGCCUGAGGUGAAAAUAGAUAAGGCAGCUACUGAUAACAGUGCAACAACCGAGGUAGAAAUUAAGAAGAAAGGCCCUGGAUCCCUCCUAGUCUCUAUGAACCAGCUGAACGCCUCAUAUGGCCGGAAGGACAGAGUCAACAGUGUCAUGAGCGUUGUUACAAAUACGCUGGUAGAAGAGUUAGAAGAGUCUCAGAGAAAGUGCCCUCCAUGCUGGUACAAAUUUGCCAACACUUUCCUCAUCUGGGAAUGCCACCCGUACUGGAUCAAGCUGAAGGAGAUUGUGAACAUGAUUGUUAUGGACCCUUUUGUGGAUUUGGCCAUUACCAUCUGCAUUGUCCUGAACACCUUGUUUAUGGCGAUGGAGCAUCAUCCUAUGACGCCACACUUUGAACACGUCUUGGCUGUAGGAAAUCUGGUUUUCACUGGAAUUUUCACAGCAGAAAUGUUUCUGAAGCUCAUAGCCAUGGAUCCCUACUAUUAUUUCCAAGAAGGUUGGAACAUUUUUGACGGAUUUAUUGUCUCCCUCAGUUUAAUGGAACUCAGUCUAGCAGAUGUGGAGGGGCUUUCGGUGCUGAGAUCUUUCCGUUUGCUCCGAGUCUUCAAACUGGCCAAAUCCUGGCCUACCUUGAACAUGUUGAUCAAGAUCAUUGGGAACUCAGUGGGUGCUCUAGGCAACCUGACCCUCGUGCUGGCCAUUAUUGUCUUCAUCUUUGCUGUGGUGGGGAUGCAGCUGUUUGGGAAGAGCUACAAGGAGUGUGUCUGCAAGAUCAAUCAAGACUGUGUGCUCCCUCGCUGGCACAUGCAUGACUUUUUUCAUUCCUUUCUCAUCGUCUUCCGUGUAUUGUGCGGGGAGUGGAUCGAAACCAUGUGGGAUUGCAUGGAAGUGGCAGGCCAGGCCAUGUGCCUCAUUGUCUUUAUGAUGGUGAUGGUCAUUGGCAACUUGGUGGUGCUGAAUUUGUUUCUAGCCUUGCUUCUAAGCUCCUUCAGUGCUGACAAUUUGGCUGCCACAGAUGAUGAUGGAGAAAUGAACAACCUACAGAUCUCUGUCAUCCGAAUUAAGAAGGGGGUAGCAUGGAUUAAGGUGAAAGUCCAUGCCUUUGUUCAGACCCACUUCAAACGUGAGGCUGAUGAGGUGAAGCCACUGGAUGAGCUGUAUGACAAAAAGGCCAACUGCAUUGCCAACCACACUGGGGCUGACAUCCAUCGAAAUGGUGACUACCAGAAGAAUGGGAAUGGCACCACUAGUGGUAUCGGUAGCAGUGUGGAGAAAUACAUCAUUGAUGAGGACCACAUGUCCUUCAUCAACAAUCCCAACCUCACUGUGCGUGUCCCCAUCGCUGUGGGCGAGUCGGACUUUGAAAAUCUCAAUACUGAGGAUGUCAGCAGCGAGUCGGAUCCUGAGGGCAGCAAAGAUAAACUAGACGACACUAGUUCCUCUGAGGGGAGUACCAUCGAUAUCAAACCAGAGGUGGAGGAAGUACCCGUGGAAGUACCUGAGGAAUACUUGGAUCCAGAUGCCUGCUUCACAGAGGGUUGUGUCCAGCGCUUCAAGUGUUGCCAGGUCAACAUUGAGGACGGACUCGGUAAGUCCUGGUGGAUCCUACGGAAGACCUGUUUCCUCAUUGUGGAGCAUAACUGGUUUGAAACCUUCAUCAUCUUCAUGAUCCUGCUGAGCAGCGGUGCUCUGGCUUUCGAGGACAUCUAUAUUGAACAGAGGAAAACCAUCCGCACCAUCCUGGAAUAUGCGGACAAAGUCUUCACCUACAUCUUCAUCCUGGAGAUGUUACUCAAGUGGACAGCCUAUGGCUUUGUCAAGUUCUUCACCAAUGCCUGGUGCUGGCUGGACUUCCUCAUCGUGGCUGUCUCUUUAGUCAGCCUUAUAGCUAAUGCCCUGGGCUACUCGGAACUAGGUGCCAUAAAGUCCCUUAGGACCCUAAGAGCUUUGAGACCCUUAAGAGCCUUAUCACGUUUUGAAGGGAUGAGGGUGGUGGUGAAUGCCCUGGUUGGUGCCAUCCCCUCCAUCAUGAAUGUUCUGUUGGUGUGCCUGAUCUUCUGGCUGAUUUUUAGCAUCAUGGGGGUGAACCUGUUUGCAGGGAAGUACCACUACUGCUUCAAUGAGACCUCAGAGUACCGCUUUGAGAUAGAGGAAGUUAACAACAAAUCAGACUGCGAAGCGCUUAUGGAUGGGAACUCCACUGAGAUCAGGUGGAAGAAUGUGAAGAUCAACUUUGACAAUGUCGGGGCAGGAUAUCUGGCUCUUCUCCAGGUGGCAACCUUCAAAGGCUGGAUGGACAUCAUGUAUGCAGCUGUGGAUUCCCGAAAGCCUGAAGAACAACCUAAAUAUGAAGAUAAUAUCUAUAUGUACAUCUACUUUGUCAUCUUCAUCAUCUUCGGCUCCUUCUUCACCCUGAACCUGUUCAUUGGUGUCAUCAUUGACAACUUCAAUCAACAAAAGAAAAAGUUUGGAGGUCAAGACAUCUUUAUGACAGAAGAACAGAAAAAAUACUACAAUGCCAUGAAGAAGUUGGGCUCCAAGAAACCCCAGAAACCCAUCCCCAGGCCCCUUAACAACAUCCAAGGUGUCGUCUUUGAUUUUGUAACUCAACAAGCCUUUGACAUCGUGAUCAUGAUGCUCAUUUGCCUCAACAUGGUGACAAUGAUGGUGGAGACAGACACUCAGAGCAAGCAGAUGGAGAACAUACUCUACUGGAUCAAUCUGGUCUUUGUCAUAUUCUUCACAUGCGAGUGUGUGCUCAAGAUGUUCGCUUUGCGGCACUACUAUUUUACCAUUGGCUGGAACAUCUUUGACUUUGUGGUCGUCAUCCUCUCUAUCGUUGGAAUGUUCCUAGCUGAUAUAAUAGAGAAAUAUUUUGUGUCCCCGACUCUAUUCCGAGUCAUCCGAUUGGCCCGAAUCGGACGCAUCUUGCGUCUUAUCAAAGGAGCCAAAGGGAUCCGUACCCUCCUCUUUGCCUUAAUGAUGUCCUUGCCAGCCCUUUUCAAUAUUGGCCUUUUGCUCUUCUUGGUCAUGUUCAUCUUCUCCAUCUUUGGGAUGUCUAACUUUGCCUACGUCAAACACGAAGCUGGCAUUGACGACAUGUUCAACUUUGAGACGUUUGGCAAUAGCAUGAUCUGCCUGUUUCAAAUCACCACCUCAGCCGGCUGGGAUGGUCUCCUGCUGCCCAUACUGAACCGCCCGCCUGACUGUAGCCUGGACAAGGAGCACCCAGGCAGUGGCUUUAAGGGGGACUGUGGGAACCCUUCAGUAGGGAUCUUCUUCUUUGUCAGCUACAUCAUCAUCUCCUUCCUAAUUGUGGUAAAUAUGUAUAUUGCCAUCAUCUUGGAGAACUUCAGUGUGGCCACAGAGGAGAGUGCAGACCCUCUGAGUGAGGACGACUUUGAGACCUUCUACGAGAUCUGGGAGAAGUUUGACCCCGAUGCCACCCAAUUCAUUGAGUAUUGUAAACUGGCAGACUUUGCCGAUGCUCUAGAGCACCCGCUUCGCGUCCCAAAGCCCAACACCAUUGAGCUCAUUGCUAUGGAUCUGCCAAUGGUAAGUGGGGAUCGCAUCCACUGCCUAGACAUUCUUUUUGCCUUUACCAAGAGGGUCCUUGGGGACAGCGGAGAGCUGGAUGUCCUCCGGCAGCAGAUGGAAGAGAGAUUCGUAGCAUCCAAUCCUUCCAAAAUGUCUUAUGAGCCCAUCACCACCACACUGCGGCGCAAGCAGGAAGAUGUGUCCGCAGUGGUCCUUCAGCGCGCCUAUCGGGGACAUUUAGCCAGACGAGGCUUCAUCAGCCGAAAGCUAACCUCCAAUAAGCUGGAGAACGGGGUCACGCACCAGGAGAAGAAAGAGGGGACCCCUUCUACAGCCUCCCUCCCAUCCUAUGACAGUGUAACUAAGCCUGAAAAGGAGAAACAAGAGCGCGCAGAGGAAGGAAGAAGGGAAAGAGCCAAAAGACAAAAAGAGGUCAGGGAAUCCAAGUGUUAGAGGAAAAGCAAAAAAUUAUAUAUUGUACAGAUUUAAAACUUGAAAGUGAAAGAUUGUUUACAGACUUCCUGAUUAUUGUCAGUACAGAACAGCUGUGGAGACCCUUCCCCAGAGAUCUAUACCAGACAUAGUCCGCUUCCCAUAUAACGAGGUCGCGUCUUGAGCAGUGACCUGCCAGAGGCAAAGGACCCUUCUCUAUGGACACACACAUUUCUUAACGCUCGGGCAGGUGGUUACUGCAUGUUUUCACAUCAGUCAAUGCAACUUUAGGACAAAACCAAGAGGAAACAAAAACAGGACACAGUGAAUAGGCUGCCCGGACCAGCAGAUUUCCGUCGCAGCCAAAUGGGUUUUAUUUUCUCAUUUUGUUGAUUCUCAGAAGCAGAAAGCACCACUUUAAAAGUUUGUUUGUUCAUGCAAACUAUAUUUGCAUUCUUACAUUAGUUAAGCAGCUAAAAAAAAAGAAAGAAAAGAAAACACAUUUAGCCCAUGUCAUUUAAUUGUCAGUUUCUUUGGUAUUAACCGCAUCUUCUUUACAUGGGCUUCACGUGGUUUGGAGAUGGGUGGGGAAAAACAACCAGGUUUCUUCAGGCUGAGGAGGACUUGCUCAGGCCAAUUCCAAACGUUGUGCUCGUUCAAUGCGUAGAAAUGAUUUGCAUGAUGGCAUGCUGUGAUCAGAAGUCAUGCAUGAGAACCAUACACCACAGGACACUAAUGACCUGUCCACUGCACUGGGUCAUCCUUGGGACAGGACCCAGCCCUGCACCGGCCACUGUAUUGGGAGAAAACGGUAAGAUGUCCACGCCCACUACAAUUCCUUAUCGAUUCUUAAAAGUCUUUCACACACUUCCCAGGUAAACAAAAAACAAAACCAACCAACCAACCAAACCGACAAGCAGACCAAAUCGUUUUUUGUUUGUAUGUUUAACAGACAUUUCUGACAUACAGCCAUUGUUGCACAUUUCCAACAUGAACUCCUAAAUGCUGCUCUAUGGGGAUCCUGAUACCGAAUGGCUUGUAUUAAGAACAUCACCAUAAAACCAAAUCCUAGGGCUCACAGAAACAAUCAAAACCAGUUCACUUGUAUCUUGCAAUAUUUCUGAUGAUUAUUCAGCCUUCGCACUGGAGAGAAUAGGCAUUAUUUUGGAGAGAGAUGAGUGCUAUGGAAGGUAGCAUGCUAUCUCUUGGUAUUCUGGGGAACUUGAACCAACCUCUGGUUGGGGGUUAAGGAAUACUCACUUCCCUUUAGCAUCAUGUCCUUCUGCAUUCUUGCUUUCUCUGGAUGGAGGAAGUGGGAGAAGAGGGGGUUCAGACAUUCUAUCCUGGUCUUUUGGCUCUUCUGCAGUGGGGUGGUAUUUACAGCCUGGCUCUCUGCAUGACCUUUUCUUUGCUUCCAUAACCUUUUCCACCAGACAGGGGUUCUCACUGACCUCCCCGGAACCGGGUAGACUUUUGUGGUAUGGCUGUAGUUGAAAAGUCCCGAGGUGGAGCUGGAGCCACCUUUUCACCUAAUUUCAUUUGGUUUCUUCUCUGUAGUGCUCUCAGUGAGAAAGGGAUUUCACAAUCAUACUCCAGGAAGCUCUAACUUCUCCCCACACAUUUGGUUUCUGCCAGUUUUGUUGUACUUUUAGUUAGCUCUGUAUUCCCGCUGUCCGUUUCCACUGGUGUGUGAUUGCAGGGCAGGGUUCCCUUACCCAUAGAAUGAAUUCCCCCUCAAAAAACAAAACAAAACAAAAAAACAUCCCUUUCCAUUUCCUGUUUAAGGAAAGAAUGUUUCAGUCCCAUGGUUUCUCAUUGUGCUGACUUUUGAUUUUCAAACUGAGAUGCUGCAGCCAGGCGUCAGUAACAGAAAAGAGUGAGAGCGUGGACCAAAUCGAAUACAACCUUGUGGAACCAGAAAAAGGGGAAUAGAUCCCCCCCAAACAUAGACACCAACCUGCCUUGCAAUAGAAGCCCUUAGGUUGUCAUUUCACAGUUUAACUGGCUUGUUUUGCAUAGACCAAACCACAGCCAAUCAGUAGGCAGAGCCCUCCAUCAGGCAGGACUCAGUGAUGAGCAAGCGAGCUCCAUUCAGUUCUCUUGGGCCAAUUCCUGCAGUGUCGUCCGCAGAUCUGUCUGUCAUACAAUACCAGACAUAAGAAGGGGAAGUCAUUUUUAUCCGCCAGUUACCCUCCCUACCAACUGCUAGGUUGUAUAGUCACAUACAUAUGUACAGGCUCCAUUGUAAACAGCACAAAACAAAAGCUGAGACAUGCGGUGAAACUUUUUAAGAGAAUUAUAAAUACUGUAAUAUAUCAUCAGUUUACUUUACUGGCAUGCCUUUUGUAAAUACAAAAGAUUAACUAAAUUAAAUAGGAAAUGGCUUCUGGCUUAUGCCAUUGUCAUGUUUCUUUUUAUUUUUUAUACUUUUCUUUCUUCUUAGGUCUUAGAUGCUGUCAGCCAAUGUACAUCCCCAAACCAGACAGACAAAAAAAUUUUUUAUUGCUAAUGGUCUUUUCCAAAAUUACAAAAAAAAAAGAAGUUUAUUUUUGUUCCAAUGUGCAAUAAAUUCUAACCACUUCUAUGCAAGAUUUGGCUAAACUUCAUAAUUGUUUUUAGGUCUUGAGAUGGGCAACAGAGCUGUAAUAUCCAGCAUGGCAGGUACAUGGAGUGCUCACGCUAAUGAUGUCAUUGAGCUACUAGAGCGUAAUCAUGAGAUUUUUUUUUCCUGAAAUUUGACUCUUUUUUUCCCCCUUGCCCAAAUUCCCCAUUCCCAACCUGACAGGCUUCCUCCUUAGUACCAUGUGGGCCUUGGUAUCUGACAUCCCUCCACCAGCUUCCAAGGGAAUAGGUCAUUCCCACCGUCAUUUGAAGUUUCAUCUUUUUUUCUUGUUAAAAAAGAAAGAAAGAAAGAAAGAAAUAAUAACUUUUCUGACCCUCCUUGCUCUUACCUACUCACCCACCUCCACCCUACUCCACACUCCUUUUGGUAGCAAAUGACACCAUCACCAGCAGUUUACACCCACAGAGAAUGGGCACUGAACUGAAAGAAUUACUACUGACACUUUUGUAUGUCUUCCCUGGGCAGGAGAGUGGCAAUACUUUGCCAAAAACUAAAAAUGCCAAUCAGGAAAGCAGCAGCAUCCACAGUACCACUGCGCGCAUAUAUAUAUAUAUAUAGAUAUAUAAAUAUAAUAUAAAUAUUUAUUUUUUGUAGCCAGGUCCUUGGUGCAGUAUUUAUACUUGGAAAUCCACCUUUAAAAGAGGACAAAAAAGCAAACAGACACACGAUGCUGUCCAUUUAAAAAGCCAAGCCAAAGCCAUGAGCAGCAGCAUCAGACGUUGCGGUUGUUGGUGGAUUCAUACCACCUAUGCCCCACCCCCUUCCCUUCUUUCCUUCCAACUGUGGUUGCUCUUGAGGAAUUCCAAGCAGAGGGCAAGAUGGGAGUUAGGGGAAGGGUAUAAAAACAGAUCAAAUCCGGAUGAGCUGCGCUCAAUCCUUGCUGAAUGCACCCUGUUUGGCAUGGGGAGUCCAUGUAGGAGAAGGAAGCAGAGACCCCAAGGCAGAACCCCUGGGGUCACUUCACCCAAAGUCCUUUUCUUUUUCUGCCGAAACAACUGUAAGCCUGUAAAAGACCAAUAGCGAAAGAUGAGUGUAUUAGUGACUGCAUGGAGACCGAUGCUGCUCUAAGGCAGGUGCGAUCAAAGACAUCACUAUCAUAAGCCAAAAGGAAACAUAAUAAAAAUUACCCUUUUUACUGUA